UCCAACUGCCUCCUGCUCCAAGCCUUCCUCUCCUUUCUCUCUCUCCUUUCCUCCUCUGCCACCCUCCCUCCCUCCCACUCUGCUUUCUUUCUACUUCACCUCUCCCUCCUGCACCCUGCCUCGUGUGUCUGUUCAUGCCUCGCUCGCGCAGCUUCAAAACUGGCCCGCUCACAUUCGGCCUCACUCUGCGCCCCACCCUGAGCCGGACUCAACUCCCAGCCCCACAUGCUGGCCUGCCUCGCCCCCGCUCUCCCCUUGCGCUUUCCGCCCUUUGCUGACUUGACGGACGAGGGCUUUUUGUGACCGAUGACACCAUGUCAGACCACGGCCGAGCCAGUCGGAGAGACAGUGACGAUGAUCUGUGUUCUAAAGUUUCGUUUCUGCUAAAUUCCAUGUCAGGUCCCAAUCCAGCUUCCGAGGACCGUCAUAGGUUUUCCUUAGUGGUAAAUUCCUCGCUGGAUUCCAGCUCGGCCUCCAACACAUUUUUCGCUCUUAAUUCAGGACCUAGUUCCUUCGACUCCAGACGUAAUUCAGGCUUUCCCCCUCUUCCCAAGCAGCGGGACUCUGAUGCCAGCGAGUCCUCUUUUUUAGCUGUCACCUUUUCGCAAUCACGUACACCUACACCUACAGCUUCACCUUCACCUCAAAGCUCCAGGGAGAUGAAUUUUGUUCCCAGGUUAAAGAGAAGUUCGUUUGUGGGCACGUCCAGUACUGAGGGCAGGGAAGAUCACAAACUGCUUCCCCACCGUGCUCCCUCUAAAAACGCUCCUGUUUCUGACCAGAUCCAGAAACAUGUACAGGCCUUUCAUCUACCCCAGGAGCAGCUUCAACAUGUGAGGGAUUCUUUGUAUUCAGCCAUGCAGACUGGCCUCAAGGAGAAGGUUAAAGAUAGCCUCCCUUUACCCAUGCUGCCUUCUUACGUUUGUACCUUGACUGAUGGCACUGAGACGGGGGAUUUUUUGGGUUUAGAAAUGAAGAAGGAUCAAGUGAAGGUCAUGCUCUUGCAACUAUCAGAUCGCAAGGAUGACCCUGUGGUGAUGAAGAAAAAGGACUUUCCCAUUACUGAGAAUAUUGUCAACGGCAGUGGGGAGCAGCUUUUUGAAUUCCUUGCAAAAUGUGUGGCCACGUUUUUGGAUGGACUGAGCCUCAACACCAAAAAUUUGUCGCUCUGCUUCUGCUUUCCCUUUCCUUGUGAACAUAUUGCGCUGAACCAGUGUAAGCUGAUCAGAUGGAGCAAGGAUUGCCGGUGGCCAGGUGUGGAGGGGCAUGAUGUGGCACAACUGCUCCAAACAGCUCUUAACCAGACUUGCAAGAACUACCAGAUUGAGGUCAUUGCUGUAAUAAACGACUCUGUGGGAACCUUGUUGAGCUGCCAUUCUGAGAAAGAGCCAUGUGAAGUUGGGCUGGUGAUAGAUGCUGGCACUAACUGCGGUUAUGUGGAGGAGUUGCAGCAUAUAGCAGGCUUGGAGCAUGGUGCUGGAUGCAUGUGUAUCAACACCGAAUGGAGCUCUUUUGGGAAGCUGGGCGAAUUGAAUGACAUAACGACAGAGUUUGACCUGCAAAUGGAUAAGCAGUCCAUGGACCGAGGCAAAAACAUGUUUGAGAAGUUGGUCGGUAGCAUAUAUCUGUGUGAUACUAUCCGUGUUACUUUGGCUACUUUGGCUGAGAAAGGUGAUAUCUUCAGCGGUGUCCUGACUCCCACCCUGCUUACCAAGGGAAAAAUGGAGCUCCAAGAUAUUGUGGACAUCAUAGAUGAAAAAGUUGGCCUGGCCAAUACCAAGAACUUCCUUGUCCGCCUGGGAAUGGUGGCAAGCAACCAAGACUGUUUCAACGUGCAGCAAAUAUGCCAAGCGGUCUAUGUCCGUUCUGCCAAGCUCUGUGCUGCUGGACUGGCUGGCGUUCUUACUCAUAUCCGGAUCAGUCAAGGGCUGCCACACCUGAAAAUCAUUGUGGCUGUGGACGGGGACAUGUACAAGAGCCGACCACAGUAUGGUCAGAUAUUGCAAGAAACAUUGAAAUCACUGGCUCCUGAUUGCACUGUCACCUUUGCCACAUCAGAACAUGGCUGUGUUUUUGGGGCUGCCAGGGUAGCAGCUGCGACAUUGAGGCUCAAACACCAACAGGAAGGAGUAGCCCAGGUCCUGGCGCCUUUCCGACUUUCUAUGUCCGACAUGGACACACUGCGGACCAUGAUGAGACAGGAAAUGGAGAAGGGUCUGUCAAAGGAGACACACAGUACAGCCACCGUCCGCAUGUUGCCCACUUACGUCCGCCAUUUGCCUGACGGCACCGAGAGAGGGGAGUUCCUUGCAUUGGAUCUGGGCGGAACCAAUUUCCGAGUGCUUAUGGUGCAGGUGAAAAGCAAAGAAGAGGGUGGUGUACACAUGGUCUCUGAGACUUACACAAUUCCACCCGAAGUGGCCCAGAGUAAUGCAAUAGAGCUCUUUGAUCACAUUGUUCAAUGCAUUAAUGAUUUCCAUAGCAAGCAUAGCAUUGUGGGACGAACGCUACCACUGGGCUUCACUUUUUCGUUUCCUUGCAGUCAGACGAACCUGGACAAGGGCAUCUUGCUGAGAUGGACCAAGGGGUUCAGUGCCACAGGCUGUGUGGGAGAAGAUGUCGUGCAGUUGCUAAGAGAGGCUGUAAAGCGUCAAACGGACAUUGAUAUAGAUGUGGUUGCCAUAGUGAAUGACACUGUAGGAACCAUGAUGGCAUGUGCCUAUGUGGACCCCAACUGUGAGAUUGGCCUCAUCGUCGGUACGGGUACCAAUGCCUGCUACAUGGAGGAGAUGAGGAAUGUGGGCACUGUGGAGGGGGACGAGGGCAGAAUGUGUAUCAAUAUGGAAUGGGGGGCCUUUGGAGACAAUGGCUGCCUCGAGCACUACAUAACACAGUUUGAUGAGAAAGUGGAUGCAGAAUCCAUCAAUGCUGGCCAGCAAAGGUAUGAAAAGCUCAUCAGUGGCAUGUACUUGGGCGAGAUUGUGCGCUAUAUUCUGCUGGAGCUAACAAUGCGCAAGGUCAUCUUCAGGGGUCGCCCAUCAGAAGUACUCAAGACCAAAAACAUCUUCCCCACCAAAUUCCUAACAAAUGUUGAGGACACUCCUGGUCACCAUUACGUGUGUAACAUUCUGGAAGAAUAUGGCUUGAGUGUAUCUACGGAGGAUGCCUUGGUGGUAAAGGAUGUGUGCCGUGCCGUGUCGUCACGUGCCGCUAAGAUGUGUGCAGUGGGAAUAUCUGCAGUUGUGGAGAAGAUUCGAGAGAACCGCCGUGUGUCAAAGCUGGAUAUAACAGUUGGUGUGGAUGGGACACUCUACAAGAUGCAUCCUUACUUUGCAACAAAGCUUCAUAAGACGACGGCUCUGAUAGCUCCAAACUGCAACGUCAAGUUCUUGCUGUCAGAGGAUGGUUCAGGGAAGGGGGCUGCACUGAUUGCUGCUGUGGCCCAUAAAUAACCAAACCAUCCACUUGACUUGAAUAAAAAUGUCCCAGUAACCAGGACACCAAGCCAUUCUCUACAAUGUCCAGACCUUGACCCACAGCAAUGUGUUCCACCCUCCUCUGUGGCCAAACUGCAGGAAAGGCAAGUUGUGUCAGCAGCGGUGUUCCAUCUUUAUAACUCUCUUUACCAUCUCUGAUUCAUGUUCAAGCGAGGAAAACAAUAAAACAAAUUCCUGCUGCCA